AUUAGAUUUUAUUAAAAAAAAAAGUGAAAAUUCUGAAUGAAGCCAACAAAAUGCUCAAGUAUUUAGUGAUUCUAGUUAUUAGCAUCAUAGCAAAUACGGCCAGCACUGAGUUACUGCCAGACGAAAAUGGUUAUUUAGCCUAUUGUCCCUGCAUGGGACGUUUUGGUAACCAGGCGGACCACUUUCUGGGAGCUUUGGCUUUUUCCAAGGCCUUAAAUCGCACCCUGAUACUGCCACCCUGGGUAGAGUAUCGUAGGGGUGAAAUGCGUUCUAUACAGGUGCCCUUUAACACCUACUUUUCGGUGGAUCCCUUAAAGAACUACCACCGUGUUAUAUUGAUGGAAGAUUUUAUGAAAAAUUUGGCUAACAAAAUAUGGCCCGAAGAUAAACGUAUAUCAUUUUGUUAUAUGGAACGUAAGAGUAUACACACAAAAGAUAACGCGCUGGUGGGUUGUCAUGCAAAAGAGGGCAAUCCUUUUGGUCCAUUUUGGGAUACUUUCAAUAUAGAUUUCAGCUCAUCAGAAUUCUAUGGUCCUUUACAUUUCGAUGUGCAUCACAGUGUCAUGCCCGAAAGAUGGAGGGAACGUUAUACAGCUGCUGAAUGGCCAGUAUUGGCUUUUACCGGUGCCCCUGCCAGUUAUCCCGUGCAAAAUGAAAAUCGCCAGCUGCAAGCGUAUUUAAAAUGGAAUCAUAAAUAUCGCACUUUGGCAGCAGCUUUCAUUAAAAACACUUUACCCAAGGGGGCAUUUAUAGGCAUACACCUGCGUAAUGGCAUUGACUGGGUGAGAGCCUGUGAACAUGUUAAGGACAGCCAGCAAUUGUUUGCCUCUCCCCAGUGUUUGGGCUAUAACAAUGAAAAGGGCAAUUUAUAUCCAGAAUUGUGUAUGCCAUCUAAAGAGCUGAUAGUGCGUCAGCUAAAAAGACUGAUAAAAAAUGUUAAACAAGACCAACCCAAGAAUGAAGUGCGUUCGGUAUUUGUGGCCUCCGAUAACAAUCAUAUGUUGCCAGAACUAAAUAGUGCCUUGCAGCGCAUGAAUAUUACCGUGUAUCGUUUAAGCGAAGAUAGUCCUCAUUUGGAUUUAGCUAUAUUGGGACAAUCAAAUCAUUUUAUAGGCAACUGCAUAUCGUCCUAUUCGGCGUUUGUUAAAAGAGAUCGAGAUGUUAAUGGAUUUCCUUCCUACUUUUGGGCCUAUCCCAAUGAAAAGGAACGACAACAUGCUAAAGUACAUGAAGAACUUUAAAUGGAUUUAUUUACAUUUCCCGACGACUUUAUAUAAGCAGCGUAUGGUAUUGAAUCUCCAUUAGCAUUUAGUGGAUAUACAAAUGUUUGUAUACCAACUAAGUUAUAGAAGUAGCUAUUAGUUUUAAAGAAACCACUAAUUUUUUAAAUAAAUUAUAAAAAAGAACAAGUAUUAAAAUAAAGUAUAAAAUACUAUAGGUAUUUUGCAAUUGAAA